AAUGAAUGAGUCUAUCGCCAACUUCACUUUCUCGCCGACUCUGCUCUACCUCAACACGACUUUUAUGAAUGUCACCUCUUAUGAAAAUAACACAUUUGUGCAGUUCACCUACGGCCUGUCCACCAUGUCCACACUUACGCAAGGUAAACUUACUCAAACUACCUCUACUACUACUACUGCUACAACUACAACAGCUGCACCCAACAUCCUAGCAUCAAUAAACCUGCCGUACAUGAUAGCCGAGCUCAUAAUAGCCCUCCUCUCCACCGUGGGCAACCUGCUGGUUUGUGUUGCAGUGGGAUUGAACCGAAAGCUCCAAACGGUUACGAAUUACUUCCUGGUGUCGCUAGCAGUGGCGGAUAUAUGCGUGGGUGUCCUGGCGAUCCCUUGCGCCAUUAUGACAGACCUGGGAAUUCCACGGCACAAUCUGUAUCUGUGUUUGCUAAUGUUAUCUGUGCUCAUCAUGUUAACCCAGAGUUCCAUCUUCAGCUUGCUGGCGGUUGCUGUGGAGCGUUACGUGGCCAUUUUCAUGCCCUUCCAGUACCACCGGCUCAUGACACCUCGCAACGCAGUGCUGGUCUUGUGUAUGACUUGGACGCUGGCCUUCCUGAUCGGUCUGGUGCCACUGAUGGGCUGGUUCAAGCCGCCACCUGAGUCGGGCUACUGUUUCUUCGUGUUUGUGGUGGAUAUGACCUACAUGGUCUACUUCAACUUUUUCGCCUGCGUCCUGUCCCCACUGGUGGUGAUGUUCCUCAUCUACGCGCAGAUCUUCGUCACGGUCAAACGUCAGAUGAGGAGGAUUGCAGCAGAGCGGGGCGGCGCGACCAACACAGAGGGAACGGCGAAGAUGAAGAAAGAGAUGAAAAUGGCGACUUCGCUCUUUCUGGUCCUCUUCCUUUUCACGGUCUGUUGGAUUCCGCUACAUAUCAUAAACUGCUUCCUGCUGCUGUGCCCUUCAUGUCCCGUUCCCAUACCGCUGCUACUAACGGCCAUUAUUCUCUCCCACGCAAACUCUGCUGUUAACCCUUUCCUCUACGCCUACAAGAUGAAAACCUUCAGAAAAGCCUUCAAGGCUAUCUUUCUAUGCGGCAGGGGCAUCAGUGAUGGUGAUGAGCAGCAUGAUGAUGGGGGACGCAACAACACCCAAAGAAGCUGAACGCUAACACUUAAUCUAGUCCUAAAGUAAAGACUGAAAAGAAUCAAAACAAUGGGAGUAAAAACUAAAUUCUAAGGUGAUUUGAUGUGUAAAUCCAGACCUAUAUUUUCUAUGAGUCACUCUUGUCUAUAUGUUUCUAAGAAACAUUCUUUGAUUUGAGAGAGAAAACAAA